AUGAAGAAGAGUAGUGGAGAAGAAAGAAUCUUCGAGCUUCGUUCACGCGGAGCUUGGGAGACUCAUACCGCGAAGAUCAAUGUGAAUAUUUCUCGAAGGCGACCCGGGCUCGACCAGCCCGAUCAAAAACUUCCUCCCGAGUCUUGCCACAGUUAUUCAGAUCUCCUGCGCGGUUCUGAACUUCGUAGAAACAUACUAGACGUACAAACGUGUUGGACAUGGAAAUGUGUUAGAUAUGGAAACGUGUUCAAAGUUGGAUACACUGGGCAAAAUCAAGGUGAACGUGAAGGAAGCGAGAAGGGUUCCAAGGCAUUUGCAAACAAUACACGAGCCGGUAUGGAGGUCGAUUAUAACGCGAGAUACGGCAACCCCGCAUAUUUGGUUUUUGAUGGCGAGCUAUUUUAUAAGACGUCGAUGAACCUUCACGAACUUGAUGGCGUCACCUUCGCGAUUGUGGUUGCACUUACAGACGAGAAUGAUGACGACCUUGAGCCGAUGGAAGCAGGGCCAGAUUCGGUGGCAGAAAUCGAGGACGGCAUCUUGAGGACUGUCGAGAAAUCCGAUUCCAGCUCUGCAUACCCUCUACCUCCCAUAAUCCCGACCACCUCCCGAAUUCAUCAUUCGUUACCUCCUGAAGCCGGAGUGGCGUCCUUACCUCAAGCGAACUACCCUGCCACUCCGCAACCUCAAUCUGGACAGCUCUCAGCUAUUGCACCUCCUCAAAGUCAGAUGAGAUCGAUUGUCAUGCCGCCUCGAGCUCGAGCAACCAAUAAUAAGGCUUUACAACUGCUAUUCGAUUUGCCCGCUCACCAACGUGCCGGCGUUCAGAUCAUUUAUCCUUCCCCGUUCAACCCGCGCAUUACUUUACUGCCCGGUCAAAUCAAACGCCGUUCCAAAUGGGCAGAAGAACAUACCCGCUACCUCUAUGAGUUGAUGGAGCUAGCCAUGUUACUUCUGAACCGGCCUCUUGAGCAUGGAGACUUCCCCGCCAUUACGGAGGCUCUCCAUCGCCAAUUCCGAGGCACGUUCUCUGGAAAUGUUCCAUAUCCGCUUAGGGGUUAUAACACAGUGCACUCCUAUGCUACGAGGAAGCAGCCGUAUGACAAUUUGCUGAGACGCGUACUUCCGGACAAGGUUGGAAACAAGACAACUUUUCGACCUCACAACCAUCAGUGA